AUGUCGUCCAACGUCGGUCUCAGCACACCGCGAGGCAGUGGCACCUCUGGCUAUGUGCAGCGCAACCUAUCACUCCUAAAGCCACGAGAUGUCGGCGUCGGCGCACCCUACUCGAUGGCAGACCGUGACCGUGCACCAGUGCAGCGGAAACCCGACGAACAGAUCCUGCAGCAUGAUCGAUUGCGCGAGAUCGAAGUCAAAGUAUUGGAAUAUCGCGACAAGGUGGAAGAGGAGAACGAAGACGAAGGCGUGGACACAGGUAACGGCAAACGGGAGAAACUGACAGAGGAAGACUUGGAUGAAUUGGUGGACAAAAAGAGAGCCGAGCUGAUUGCCGAUAUGGAACGGGCGGAUAAGAGAGGUGGUAGAGGUGGUCGUGACAGACCCGGUGGCAAUGCCACGGGUAAAAAUCUUAAGAAAUACCAGGUGCAUGAACUGGCAGAGGCAAAGGAGAAGGAAAGUGAGAAGUUGAGACGAGCUUUGGGUCUCAAGGGUGACCAGCUGGGUGAAGAUGGUCUACAUCCUAUGGCGAGACAGGAGGAGAGAAAGAGAAGAGAUCGAGAAAAGGCGGCUGAACUUGAACAACAAGCGGAUCACGACGAUGAUGGAACAUGA